CCGAGAUCUCCUCGGCUAGUUUCCAUCUUUCAUUAGAUGUCGGGGUAGUUUUUUGCACUAUUGCAUCGCCCGUGUAGAAGAGCGCACAAGUGCAUCGUUGGUGCGCAUUAGGUCUAGCUAGAGUGUUGGGUUUUUUUUCUAUGUUGCGAAGUUGUCACCCGGAGUGUGGAGUUAUCGGUUGAUGUGGACUCGUCGUCGUCGUCGUUGUCGUCAUCAUCGGCUGCAAUCCGUCGGAUCCGAAUCGAUAAAAGGGCUGGAAAAGCGCGAAAAUCGCUCAUAGAGUUGCGGAAAACUGUCGCAGGUGAAGUCGUUUCGCUGUCGUUCUCGGUCCAGCGGUAAUUAUUAUUAGCUCAAGCUCAAUCGCAAUAAGUAGUGCCACAUGUUAGUUCCCCGCUUGAUAAUCGAUAAUCGCGUAUAUUUUGUGCGGCUCGGAGUUAGUUGGAGGUAAAUUUCCAUAUCUGCUUUCGUUUACAGAUCCACCAAAAACAGAAGCUCAACAGUAAUUGAAUAAACAUCAGAAACAAACUAGCAAGAAAAAAAGUGGAAACUUGAACAAAAAUAAACGCCUCAUCGAACAAACGAAAACCUCCUCUCUAGCGCCUAUCAUUGAUUGUGAAAAAUUAGUGUCAAUAUAAAUCAAUAAGAAGCAAAAAUAGCCACCACUUGAGGGAGAGAGUGAUAAACUCGUGCAUGCCAUUGCUGUUGUGAUAGUUUUAGCUUUGUCCCGUCAAUUUGCCACCAACAACUAGUCUGCUGGAGAAAUAAAUUGAACCAGAAAAAAAAUUAAAAUUGUGAGUGUCUAAAGAAAUAAGAGGGAAAAAACGAAGAUCGCUGAUCAAUUUAAAUUCGAUUGAAGCGAAAAAACGAGGAAGAAUCUCAACUUGAGUCUAAAUUGGGUAUCAUAUCGUUGUUGUUGUGACCCAAAGUGAAUGUGAUAGAAUAAGUGGAAACGAGAAACCCUACGAAGAAAAGUAAAGAAAAAUAUCAAUUGAUAACUUGACAACGACUUGAAAACAAAAAAAAAAGCGUCAACAGAAAUCACCGGCUGCAAAUAAAAACAACGACUUGAACGUGUGCCAAUAAUAGUAAUAAAAAAAAUAGUGAAUAAGCGAUAGCUGAAUAGUGGUGGGUAAACAAAAAAAAAUAGUGCAAUAGUGUUGAUACCGGCUGACGCGAACGAGGGGCUGCUAAUAGUGUGUGCAUAUUCGGGAAACGAUCGGGAAACCGAAGGGUCGCUCAAUCUACUACACGACUACCAGAAAACAGCCACCGCACCGCAAUCAACGGCGACGACAACAUUAACAACAACAACAACAUCAUCAUCGUAGACGGGGCCCGAAAUUGUGCUCGUUUUCGCCCGAGUAUUGUUCAACGAAAACAAGCCCGCGCGGGUUUUGCUUUAGUGCGUUUUUCACGCUCCUCCAAGCCACACACGCUGAUUGGCUCUUUCAGGAAGUGAUAUAUUUAUUUUUAUGACCGGACGGGUUCGAACCUGGCAAAAUAGUGUGGAUGCGCGUGUGUUUUGACGGGCUGUGUUUCGCGUCGCGGCGGCCGGCGGCAGGCGUCGAGCAGGAGACGCAGACGGUCUUGUGCGGCGCAACCGCACUCGACUCGCAGCAUCUCGCUCGGCUGCUCAAGUACGCGAACUUCGCGGCGCCGACGAACGGGCUCGGAGGCCUAGUGGUUGGCGGUUUGGUGGCCAACCUCACCCAGCCGAAGUCCGGGGUCCAGCAGCAGCAGCAGAAUCGGUCCGCGUCGGGUGUUGUCGGGCUAGUUGAUUCGCACGGUUCCGCGGGAAAAGUUGCGUCGUCGCCGGUCGUUAAAUCGUCGUCGUCGUCGGAUUGUAUCGUCGUGUCAGCCCGUGACACGAUGAAUGAAAAUAGUGGGGCCGAAUUUCCACCGGACGUAUCUGCGUCCAACAAUGAUUCCAUCAACAACAACUUCCAGACGCCGAUGGCCAUGGGCGAUGGGCUUAUGGCACAGAAUCCGGCAUCAGUCAACAACAUCAAACAGAUCGUGAUGCUGCAGGGAGACCUUCAGCAGAACCUGUACAUCAAUGAUCCUAUCAGUUUAUCUCUAACGCCCCGGGAACAGGAACUGCUGAAGGUCAUCCAGGCGCGGGAAAUCCGCAUCCGGGAGCUGGAGGAUUGUCUCCGGCUCAAAAAUGAAGAGGUGGCCGAGCUCAAGAGCCACCUGGAUAAGUUCCAGAGUGUGUUCCGAAGCAGUGGUGGUGCUACGGGUGUUUCGCCCGGUGGCCGGAAGCUCGGUACCCAGGGAGUGCAGAGGCAGCGUGCCCAGGGUAUCUCGGCCGAGCCGCAGCGGGACAUUUCGGUGCUGGAGCUGAUGCACGUGGCGUUCCCCAAAUACGACAAAGAAGAAAGAUCCCGGGAAAUUAUCAAAUCAGCCAUCUUGGACAACGACUUCAUGAAGAACCUGGAGAUGACCCAAAUCCGGGAGAUCGUCGAUUGCAUGUACCCGGUCCAGUAUGGAGCCGGAAGUCUGAUCAUCAAAGAAGGAGACGUCGGCAGCAUAGUCUACGUUAUGGAAGAGGGCCGCGUCGAGGUAUCCCGCGAGGGCAAGUACCUGUCCACCCUGUCCGGGGCCAAGGUGCUCGGCGAGUUGGCCAUCCUGUACCACUGUCAGCGAACCGCGACCAUCACUGCGGCCACCGAUUGCAAACUAUGGGCCAUCGAGCGACAAUGCUUCCAGACGAUCAUGAUGCGCACCGGGCUGAUCCGGCAGGCCGAAUAUUCCGAUUUCCUCAAGAGCGUGCCGAUCUUCAAAAAUCUCCCGGAGGACACGCUGUGCAAGAUUUCCGACGUGCUGGAGGAGUGCCACUACCAGAAGGGCGACUACAUCAUCCGGCAGGGGGCCCGAGGCGAUACGUUCUUCAUCAUCUCCAAGGGCCAGGUUCGGGUCACGAUCCGGCAGCCGGACACCCAGGAGGAAAAGUUCAUCCGAACCCUCGGCAAGGGCGAUUUCUUCGGCGAAAAGGCACUGCAGGGAGAUGAUCUCCGAACAGCUAACAUCAUUUGUGAAUCUGCGGAGGGCGUAACCUGUUUAGUGAUCGAUCGUGAUACAUUCAACCAGUUGAUUUCGAAUCUAGACGAAAUCAAGAACCGAUACAACGACGACGCGGUUAACGCCAAGAAGAAGAUCUACGAAGAAUUCCGUGAAGUUCGGCUCACGGAUCUGCGGGUUAUUGCAACCCUUGGCGUGGGAGGUUUCGGUCGAGUUGAGUUGGUUCAGCUGGCCCAGGAUAAGGCUCGUUCGUUCGCACUGAAGCAGAUGAAGAAAUCACAAAUCGUCGAAACACGCCAGCAACAGCACAUCAUGUCCGAGAAAGAAAUCAUGAGCGAGGCAAACAGUGACUUCAUCGUUAAACUGUUCAAAACCUUCAAGGAUCGCAAGUACCUGUACAUGCUGAUGGAGAGCUGCCUCGGUGGGGAACUUUGGACCAUACUGCGCGAUCGGGGCCACUUCGACGAUCCCACGACGCGCUUCUACACGGCCUGUGUGGUUGAAGCUUUCGACUAUCUGCACUCGCGUAACAUCAUCUAUCGGGAUCUGAAGCCAGAAAAUCUGCUCCUGGACGUGUCCGGUUACGUGAAGCUGGUCGAUUUUGGAUUCGCCAAGAAACUGCAGUCCGGACGUAAGACGUGGACCUUCUGCGGUACACCAGAGUACGUUGCACCGGAAGUGAUUCUCAAUCGAGGCCAUGACAUCAGUGCGGACUACUGGUCGUUGGGAGUGUUGAUGUUUGAACUACUGACCGGGACCCCACCAUUCACCGGAGCCGAUCCCAUGCGCACCUACAACAUCAUCCUCAAGGGUAUCGAUGCGAUCGAAUUUCCGCGCAACAUCACCCGCAAUGCCAGUGCUCUCAUCAAAAAACUGUGCCGGGACAAUCCGACCGAACGAUUGGGCUAUCAGCGGGGUGGCAUCAGUGAAAUUCAGAAGCAUAAGUGGUUCGAUGGCUUCUACUGGGAGGGAUUGAGGAAUCGCACCCUGCCGCCUCCGAUCCUCCCCAAGGUGCAGAGCGUCGUCGAUACCAGCAACUUCGAUGACUAUCCGACCGAUCCGGACGGUCCCCCACCGGAUGAUCUGUCCGGAUGGGAUGAAGAGUUUUAACCGCCGGAGAUGAGGACGGGGAGCAGAGCAAUGGGGGGUCUCAGAUUCCCAGAAAACGGCAGAGAGUUGGUCCAAACUACCAAACUAUGCGAAUCUUUCGUGGAUCAACUCAAAGCUCAUGGUGCGCAUGAUCGAAUGUGUUAGCAUAUUUCUAGCCUCCGGUCUUUUAGGAACAAUGCUAUAGGAGUUCGCCACAAUUGGCCAAAAACCUAACACAUCUGACGUCGAUUCGAAUAUAUGUUUUAGAAUCAUAAUUUAGGAACAUGAUCACGUUUAACUAUAACUGCUACUACUACUAUUACACUACUUUUAUUGCUAUCAAUUUCUUCUUUAUGCGUAUUUGUUCGAUGAACGAAAGAGUUGAAAAAUAGGAAAAAAAAAACUGUUGGCCGCUAGAUCACGUGUGUUUAAAAACCAUAGAUAAAUGUGAAAGAUUUCUCUUAACAGUUGAAUUAUUUACGAUUUGAUCGGAGGUAUCGAAUGCGAGCAGAAGCGAGAACUUUGUAAAUCGGCACAGAAUGAUCCAUAACAGCAAAAUAGUACAUACAUUUAUGUCUGUGUAGGUCUUCCUAAUAAUAAUAUAUAAAAAUAUGUUUUUAUUUUAACUUGAAACCCAUUUUUGUAAGAGAUCAAAACUAUUUAUGCUCCUGCUAGGCUGCAGAAGUCAGUUUUCGUAGCCGUUUUAUAAUUUAAAUCAUUAAAACCCGUUCAUAAAUCAACCAACUAGCAGUUUGUUGAGGAAGGCAAAUAAUUUCAGCAAAUCAACUAAAUAUAUUCCGCAAAAUUUUAACAACUUUCUUGCCUUUGUAGAAAAAAAACGACAAAAUUGGCUAGCUUAUAUUGUUAAUAAUGUAUCUUUUAGAAUUUUGUAAUCAGUGCACGUGUAAAUACAUUAACAACCAACUGUCAAAUUUGCGAAAGAAAGAAAAACAUUGUCCGAAUUUCCGUUCAUCCGACGGAUACGAUGAAGUUUACAUGAUCACAAACCGGACCGCCCAUACAGUUCUCAUGUAAAAACUGUAAUUAAUCAAAAUAUAAAUGAAAAUUAUCUGUUAAAA